AUGGUUGUGUCCAAGGGACGGGAUACUGGACAAUUUGGGCGAGUGGGCGAAGACCGGCAGGACCUGCCCCAUGGCCCUCCUCGGGCCUGCAUCGGGACCCCCGCCCACUCCGGCCACGCCGCCCUGGGCCUGGGGCCUCGGGCGCUCAUCUCCGCCGCGCCCACGACGCCGCCGCCAUCCUCGCCGCCUCCUCCUCCCGGGCCGCUCCAGCAGCAGCCGCCGCCGCCGCCGCCCUCUCUCGACCGGCUGGACUGGGCGGCCCGGGGAGCAGGGUCCGGGGAAGAUUCUGCCACCAGUAGCUCCACUCCACUGGAGGACGAGGACCCUGACGGAUCGGAGGUUGGAGAGGCUGGGAAAGGACUGGACCUGCAACACGGGGUCCCUCAGUCUCCGCCUCCGGCAGUCUUGACUCCGCAGCCCAGCCCUGGCUCUGGAACUCCCCAGGCGGGUACCCCGUCCCCAUCCCAAUCCCGGGAUUCGAACUCUUGGCCUGAUGAGCCCUCACUGGCCCAGAAAGAGGAAGAGCCGUGGGGGCCUCUGGAGCGGGAGCCAAUCACGGGGCAGUGCCUGGAUAGCACGGACCAAUCAGAAUUCACAUUGGAACCACUCCUUCUAGUGGCGGACCUGCUGUACUGGAAGGACACAAGGACGUCAGGCGUGGUCUUCACAGGCCUCAUGGUCUCCCUCCUCUGCCUCCUGCACUUUAGCAUCGUGUCCGUGACCGCCCACGUGGCCCUGUUGCUGCUCUGUGGCACCAUCUCUCUCAGGGUUUACCGAAAAGUGCUGCAGGCCGUGCACCGGGGCGACGGUGCCAACCCCUUCCAGGCCUAUCUGGAUGUGGACUUGACCCUGACUCGGGAGCAGAUGGAACGUCUGUCCCAGCAGAUUGCCUCCCGAGUGGUCUCUUUGGCCAUCCAGCUGCGGCAUUUCUUCCUGGUAGAGGACAUUGUGGACUCCCUCAAGCUGGCCCUUCUCUUCUACAUCUUGACCUUCGUGGGUGCCGUCUUCAAUGGUUUGACUCUUCUGAUUCUGGGAGUGAUCGGUUUAUUCACUGUCCCCUUCCUGUACCGGCAACACCAGGCCCAGAUGGACCAGUAUGUGGGAUUGGUGACCAAUCAGUUGAGCCACAUCAAAGCUAAGAUCCGAGCUAAGAUCCCAGGGUCCGGAGCCCUUGCCUCGGCAGCAGCCGCAGUCUCUGGAUCCAAAGCCAAAGCCGAAUGAAAGGGGUGUCUCUGCCCUCGGGACGCCUGCCCCCAUCCCCCGCAGCCCUCUGCCCAACUCCAUCUCCCUUCCAUCCCCACCCUCCCGCCGCCUCCGCCCGAGCCAUUUCCCGGCGGGUGUCUGGAUCACUCGCACCAGGGAGUUUGUGCAAAUUGCCUGAGCGGCCAGGACUACAUUUCCCAAGAGGCUCUGCUCUAGGAGUCCAGGAAAGGCGAGGCACCUUGGCCGCGGCGCCUGCUGGGAGUUGUAGUUGCCUAGAUAGGGCGCCCGCCCUGCACUUCCGCGACCCCGCCGCUGGAGGCGCCGUCAGAGAUUGGUGUCUCCUGGACGCCACUAGCCCCAAAGCCAGGGCUUUGCA